GGGAAAGACUGGUCGUCUUCUCUGCUUUGCAGUUUUUCUGUAUCUCUCGGAAUUACUGAUUGUAACAAACUGAAGCAUGUCGUCAGUAGCGGUGCCGUUUUACCAGAGGAGGCACAAGCACUUUGAUCAGUCCUACCGCAACAUUCAGACAAGAUAUGUACUUGAGGAAUAUGCAGCAAGAAAGGCUGCUUCCAGACAGGCUGCUUAUUAUGAAUCAUCUGGCUUGGGAAAAACGACGUGCCGACUCUGUGCCAGAAGAGCACGCACCUUGGCUCAUGAAGCAAUACAAGAAUCCAGGAAAAGGACUCAUGAACAAAAGUCUCAUGCAAGUGAAGAGAAAAGGAUCCGGUUUGCCAGUGAGUUAUCUGCUUUGGAAAAAGAGAUUCACACAGCCAGGCACCGUGCUAGAGAACAUCUGGAUAGACUUGCUAUACAAAGGAUGGUAGAAGAAAAUAUGGCUCUGGAAAGACAUGCUGUUGAGGAAACUAUAAGUCAAGCUCCUGAAAUUCUAGUGCGCCUGAGGUCUCACACUGUCUGGGAAAAGAUGUCUGUGAGCCUUUGCUUCACUGUACAAGGAUUUCCCACUCCUGUUGUACAAUGGUACAAAAAUGAGGAAUUGAUUACCCCUGCAAGUGAUCCAGUAAAGUACAGAAUUGAAAACAAAUAUGGAGUACAUGUGUUGCAUAUAAACAG